CCCCCACCAAAAAAAAAAAAAAAAGAAAUGACCUCCCCCUCCGAAACCCAGCCCCCCCCACCACCACACUCACAACCCACAACAACACCCACAACAACAACACCCACACCCCCCCUCCCCUCACAAAACCCCCUCCUCCACUCCGCCGCAAUUGCCCUCGCCAUCCUCUGCCCCAUCGCCCUCUUCCUCCCGACCCGCGGCGGCGGCCGCGCCAAGCCGCUCCUGCAGAACGCCGUGCUCGGCGCGGGGGGGUUCUGGGGCGUCAACCAGCUGGCGACCGACUACACGGGCAAGGCGCUGACGGAUCGGUGGGGGGAGAGGUUCGGGGCUGUUUUUGGGUCUGGGUCUGCUGAUAAGGGGAAGUUGGGGGGGGACAAGGAGAGGGGGGAUGGGGGUGGUGGUGGUGGUGGGGAUAAGGAGGGGGGUGGUGCUGCUGGGGUCGGGCUGUUGGGGAGUUUGCCGACGGAGAGGGCGGCGAGGAAUAAAAUGCUGAUUGAGGCGGAGAGGAAGAGGAGGGCGGAGGCGGAGGGGAGGGAGUAUAAGCCGCGGAAGGAGUCGGUGGGGUUGGUGGAGAGGUUUUGGAUGGGCGGGGAGAAGGAGGGGUGGCAGGAGAAGAGGCUGGAGGAGGAGCGGAAGGCGAUCGAGAGCGGGAAGGGGUAUGGCGGGUUGAUUGCCGACCAGGUGCGGGAGGUUUGGAAGGGGAAGGGUGAUGGGGAGGGGGGCAAGAAGGGGGAGGGGGAGAGGCAGGGUGAUGGGAAGGGGAAGAAGGAGUAG